AUGCCCCGGGGACUGCUCGGGGAAGGGGAGAUGUGCCAACGGUACCUGCUUAUGCCAGGAGGGCUAUGUUGGUGAGGACUGCGGCCAGAGGCGGUGUCUGAAUGCCUGCAGUGGGCGAGGACACUGCCAGGAGGGGCUCUGCUUCUGUGAAGAGGGCUACCAAGGCCCUGACUGCUCCACAGCCGAUGACCCGGGGGGGCCUCCAGCUCCAGCAGCGGGUGCCUGGAGAUUGGAGUGGUGUCACCAUCAAGGAGCUGGAGCCAGGUCUCACCUACAACAUCAGCGUCUACGCUGUCAUUAGCAACAUCCUCAGCCUUCCCAUCACUGCCAAGGUGGCCACCCAUCUUUCCAGGCCUCAAGGGCUGCAAUUCAAGACCAUCACAGAAACCACCGUGGAGGUGCAGUGGGAGCCCUUCUCAUUCUCCUUCGAUGGGUGGGAGAUCAGCUUCAUUCCAAAGAACAAUGAAGGAGGGGUGAUUGCUCAGCUCCCCAGUGAUGUUACAUCCUUCAACCAGACGGGACUGAAACCUGGGGAGGAAUACACUGUCAAUGUAGUGGCUUUGAAAGACCAGGCCCGGAGCCCCCCUACCUCAGCCAGUGUCUCCACGGUCAUUGAUGGGCCCACGCAGAUCCUGGUUCGAGAUGUCUCCGACACCGUGGCUUUUGUGGAGUGGACCCCACCUCGAGCCAAAGUCGAUUUUAUUCUCUUGAAAUAUGGCUUGGUGGGUGGGGAAGGUGAGAAGACCACCUUCCGGCUGCAACCCCCUCUCAGCCAAUAUUCAGUACAGGCCCUGCGGCCCGGUUCUCCCUAUGAGGUGUCGGUCAGUGCAGUCCGAGGGACCAACGAGAGUGAUCCCACAACCACCCAGUUUACAACAGAGAUUGAUGCCCCUAAGAACUUGCGUGUUGGUUCUCGCACGGCAACCAGCCUUGACCUCGAGUGGGACAACAGUGAGGCAGAAGUCCAGGAGUACAAGGUUGUGUACAGCACCCUGGCGGGUGAGCAGUACCAUGAGCUCCUGAUCCCCAAGAGCAUUGGUCCCACCACCAGAGCCACCCUCACAGAUCUGGUGCCUGGCACUGAGUAUGGGAUUGGAAUAUCUGCCAUCAUGAACUCACAACAGAGCAUACCAGCCACCAUGAAUGCCAGGACUGAACUUGACAGUCCCCGAGACCUCAUGGUGACAGCCUCCUCAGAGACCUCCAUUUCCCUCAUCUGGACCAAGGCCAAUGGCCCCAUUGAUCACUACCGAAUUACUUUUACCCCUUCUUCUGGGAUCGCUUCCGAAAUCACUGUGCCCAAGGACAGGACCUCAUACACACUGACAGACCUAGAGCCUGGGGCAGAGUACAUCAUAUCGAUCACCGCCGAGAGGGGUCGGCAGCAGAGCUUGGAGUCCACAGUGGAUGCCUUCACAGGCUUCCGGCCCAUCUCCCAUUUGCACUUUUCUCAUGUGACCUCCUCCAGCGUGAACAUCACCUGGAGUGACCCAUCCCCUCCAGCAGAUAGACUCAUUCUGAACUACAGCCCCCGGGACGAAGAGGAAGAGAUGCUGGAGGUCUCCCUGGAUGCCACCAAGAGGCAUGCUGUCCUGAUGGGCCUGCAGCCAGCCACCGAGUACAUCGUGAACCUGAUGGCUGUCCAUGGCACAGUGACUUCUGAGCCCAUUGUGGGCUCCAUCACCACAGGAAUUGAUCCCCCAAAAGACAUCACAAUUAGCAAUGUGACCAAGGACUCAUUGAUGGUCUCCUGGAGCCCUCCUGUUGCAUCUUUUGAUUACUACCGGGUAUCAUAUCGGCCCACAAAAGUGGGACGGCUGGACAGCUCAGUAGUGCCCAACACUGUGACCGAAUUCACCAUCACCAGGCUAUACCCAGCUACCGAAUAUGAAAUCAGCCUCAACAGCGUGCGAGGCAGGGAGGAGAGUGAGCGCAUCUGCACUCUCGUGCACACAGCCAUGGACAACCCUGUAGAUCUGAUUGCUACCAACAUCACUCCAACGGAAGCCCUGCUGCAGUGGAAGGCACCCGCGGGUGAAGUGGAGAACUACGUGAUUGUUCUCACACACUUUGCAGUCGCUGGAGAGACCAUUCUGGUUGAUGGAGUCAAUGAGGAAUUUCAGCUUGUUGACCUACUUCCUUGCACCCACUAUACUGUCACCAUGUAUGCCACCAGCGGGCCUCUCACCAGUGGCACCGUCAGCACCAACUUCUCCACCCUCCUGGACCCUCCUGGAAACUUGACAGCCAGCGAAGUCACCAGGCAGAGUGUCCUGAUCUCCUGGCAGCCUCCCAGAGCAGAGAUUGAGAACUACGUCUUGACCUACAAGUCCACUGAUGGAAGCCGGAAGGAGCUGAUUGUGGAUGCAGAGGACACAUGGAUCCGAUUGGAGGGCCUUUCAGAGAACACGGACUACACGGUGCUCCUGCAGGCAGCCCGGGAUGCCACGCGGAGCAGCAUCACCUCGACCGCCUUCACCACGGGGGGCCGGGUGUUCCCUCAUCCUCAAGACUGUGCCCAGCAUUUGAUGAAUGGAGACACCCUGAGUGGAGUUUACACCAUCUUCCUCAAUGGGGAGCUCAGCCAGAAGUUACAAGUGUACUGUGACAUGACCACCGAUGGAGGUGGCUGGAUUGUAUUUCAGAGACGGCAGAAUGGCCAAACUGAUUUUUUCCGGAAAUGGGCUGAUUACCGGGCUGGCUUUGGGAACCUGGAGGAUGAAUUUUGGCUGGGGCUGGACAACAUCCACAGGAUCACGUCCCAGGGCCGCUAUGAGCUUCGUGUGGAUAUGAGGGAUGGCCAGGAGGCCGCCUUUGCCUCCUACGACAAGUUCUCAGUUGAGGACAGCAGGAGUCUGUACAAACUCCGCAUAGGCAGCUACAACGGCACUGCGGGGGACUCCCUCAGCUAUCAUCAAGGACGCCCUUUCUCCACAGAGGACAGAGACAAUGAUGUUGCAGUUACCAACUGCGCCAUGUCAUACAAGGGGGCUUGGUGGUACAAGAACUGCCACCGGACCAACCUCAAUGGGAAAUAUGGGGAGUCCAGGCACAGUCAGGGGAUCAACUGGUACCAUUGGAAAGGACACGAGUUCUCCAUCCCCUUUGUGGAAAUGAAGAUGCGCCCCUACAAUCACCGUGUCAUGGUGGGGAGGAAACGACGGUCCUUACAGUUCUGAGCGGGGAAGGGGGGACCCCAAGCCAACCAACCUUUUCUGUCAUUUAUUUGUAUUUUAUAAUACGAAACAAUGUGGGGGGUAUUAUUAAUGUGCUUUGCAACAUAUUAAGAGUAUUUGAAGGAAGCAGGGAUGUAGCAGGAAUUAGUGAAGAGUAAUUGCUCACAGUUUCUGCCAUCCCGGGGCCUGACCCUCCGUCUCCAUUCUCCCUCCUACCUAGCCAUCCUUAACCUUCUCCUCCUUUCUCAGCAAAGAGAAAAAGUGGGAAAUUUUCUUAAAAGCCCAAUUUCAAGACAAGUUCUGUAAUACAGUUACAGUGACAGGUAUGGCACCUUCCGACUCUCCUUCUGAGAUUCCCUUCACCUUCCAGGCAUUUGUGAUCUGGUCACUGCCUUCCACGCAGGUUCUCACACCAGCCCAGAAAAGAAGCCUAAGGCAAGAGAGCUCUGGGGCAACAACUCCCCUUAGGCGGAAACGCACCAAUCAUGCCCUGUUUCAACAACCCAAACCCUUUUUAAUGGGUCAAAGAGUGUCAUCUUCCAACACCCUUACUCUUACCACCAGGUGCCCUCUGUUGCUUUUCUAAGAGUAAUGGCCUCUUUUCCAGCCCUGACUGAUCCUUUGCCUACCUGCCAUCCUGCCAUGAGACCCCACAACCCCACAAGCCCAACCGUUGUUCUGGA